AUGGAAGUAGAAAUUCAAAAAGGAAUUGAUCAAUUAGAUAAUCAAGUGACUAACACCAUUAAUAGUGCUAUUCAAGUUAUUCAAAAAAGUGUUACAGAAAAAGGAGAACGAUUAAUGAAUAAAUUAAAUCAUCAAACAGCAUGGUUACGUAAACAUUUAUUUAGACCUAAUAUUCUUCUUAGUGCUGUAGAAAAACAUGUUAAAACAACUUCAUUAUUAUAUUCUCCAUUGAGGUCAUUUACUAUUUCACAUUUUCCAUCAUCAGGAAAUGAUGUUAAUAUUCUUCAACCAUUACCAUCAGUUACAUUAAAUGAAAUAUUGCCAAUUGGUGAUUUAGAAAUAGAAAGUUAUAUAUUAUUAUUAGUUGUGAUUGCUUGUCUUGAUAAUCAAAAAUAUCCUGAAGCCUUCUUUUGGGCACAACAAUCAGUUAGUCGUGCACAUUUAUUACAUAUUUCUACAGAUGCUUUAAUUGCAAAAUUAUAUUUUUAUUAUGAACGUGCUGCAGAGCUUUGUAAAGUAACUAUCAUUGAUCAAUUAUUAAUAGCUCAUACUACAGCAACAUUAAGACAAGCUAAUGAAACAAAAGCUACAUUAACUAAUCUUAUUGUUCGUUGUUAUUUGGCUACAUCACAAUACUCAGUUUGUGAAAAGUUUAUUACAAAAAGUUUAAUUAACCAAAGUGUCUCUAAUCAACAACAAGCUCGUUAUUAUUAUUAUCUUGGAAGAAUUCAAUGUAUUCAUUUAAAAUAUUCAGACGCUUAUGACUCAUUAACAACAGCUAUAAGAAAAGCACCACAAUUACCAAAAGCAUAUGGAUUUCAUGUUUGUGUAACUAAAUGGUUAACUCUUGUUCAAUUAUUAAUGGGAGAAAUUCCAAGAAGAAAUGUAUUUUUACAAAAUGGAAUGUUAAAAGCACUUCUUCCAUAUUAUAGAUUAACUCAAGCAGUUCAAGUUGGUGGUUUAGAAGAAUUUAAGAAAGUAGUUGAGGAAUUUAAAGAUUGGUUUACAGAAGAUAAAACAAAUGGAUUAGUUAUUCGUAUUAGACAAAAUGUUAUUAAAACUGCUAUUAGAAAGAUUUAUGUUUCAUACAGUAGAAUUGGAUUAUCAGAAAUUCAAAAGAAACUACAAUUAGAUAGUGUUGAAGAUACUGAAUUUAUUGUUGCUAAAUGUAUUCAAGAUAAUGUUAUUGAUGCAGUAAUUGAUCAUGAAAAUCAAAUAUUAAUUGGUAAAAAUACAUUAGACAUUUAUACUACUAAUGAACCUCAAAUUAUUUUAGAAAAUAGAAUCCGUGGAUGUAUGCAAUUACAAAGAGAUAUUGAAAAAGCUAUGAUUUUUGAAGAUAAUACAAAGAGAGUAUUAGAAUCAGGUGCUUAUUUCAAUGUUGAUAUUCAUGAUAACGGUAUUAUUGGAGAUAUGCAUUAA